ACAGCACACAAAGAGAGUGAGAGAGAGCCAGUGUGCGCGCUCGAGAGAGAGAGAACGAGAGAGAAAAUGGAUACGAGAGCACCGAAGGAGCAAUAGCACCGCAAAUGGCUUGGGGAAGUUGAAGGACAAAAGUGAACAUUUGAUUAUUCGUUAGAUCUGUUUCGAUGCUAUCUAUUCCUGCUCCGGUGUCCAGGCAACUAGCAGAGGGGCCACCAGGUCUACAUUAGUCCACGGGCACAGGUCCUGCAGUCUGUGUACUGGAGUCCCUGGUGUACUUCUUGUGUACUCAGCUGAAUCGCCGGUGUGUGCAUGUGUGCCAGUGUCCUUUCUUCUUUGUAAGCGAGAAGGUGUGUAAGGCUUAGUCCUUUGUGGGGGGGCGUUAGCGUGAAGAUCGAAGAAGAAGGCCUGGAAAACCGUGGAGUUUCUGGGAGGAAAAAGGGCCAGGGCCUGCUGAGAGCCGCUGAGCGAGAGAAUCAAAAGAGAAGAAAGAGACAGCUAGCGAAAAAGCAAGAGAACGAGAGAGAGAGAGAGAGAGAGAGAGAGAAAGAAAGAGAGAGACUAUAAAGCGGAAAAGCCCCACAGGAACGAAGGAUACGGGCUGCUGGUCUUUGUUGUUUGCCAAAGGUGACUUUGGAAGUGUAUCCGCGUCCACGUCCACGUCCACGUCCACGUCCGCCACCGUACCGGUCGUGUGUUUGUUUCGUUCCGUAGUCCGUGUCCGCGUGUGUCCGCGUCGGUGUGUUCGUGUUCCUGCAAACUCGCGUGAAAAUGCCAGGGUUAUUCCCAAGCACCAUUGACGGUCACGACUCGGGCACCGAGUCCGACGGGGACCUCGAGCAGGAGGACGACCUGAUACCGGAGCACGAGAUGGAGCUAAGUUUAAGCUCCCGGCAGGAUACCGCCUCACCGAGCGAUACGGCCUGUUCCUCGGAAUCGCCCGCCUUCCUGGGGGGCCCUGCCUCGGCCGCACAUCUGCUGCUGUACGAUCAGAACAGCUCGGAAGAGGAGCUGGAAGUGAUCAACGGUGGCGCCGGUGCUGUCGGUAACUGUGAUAUCAUCGAGGUGGGCAGUGUGAGCGGUGUUCCGAGCCGGAUCGGUGCCGGCGGUCCCGGUGCCGGCCUCUGUGGCCGAGUCGCCGGUAUCGAUCAGCUACCGAUGAUGAGUGAUGGUGCAGAUGAGGAAGAUGACGAGGAUGAAGAUGAUGCCACCGAGGAAAUCAUUGACGAUGAUGAGGAGGAGCAUGAGGAUGAUGAGGAAGAGGAUGAGGAAGAUGAGGAAGUAGCUUCAGCGAUCGCGUCGGCGACGACCGUCGCGACGACCGCGACCACGGUGACGCCAAAGGUGGCAACGACAAUCAUCGGAAGUGCCGGCCAUAGACCGAUGGACACUAGCGUGCGGGGCCACUUUGUUUCACUGGCCGCUGGUGGUGGUCUGGAUGUGUUCGCCGAUGGUGAAUCGCUGGAUGACUUUGCCGACGAACUGUGCCUGGCGUCCUCGAGCGAUGAUGCGCCCAUGGCCUUCUCUUCUGGCAUGCUCAAUGUCAAAACCGUUUCUUCCAACAGCGACAAACAGCAUCAGCAGCCGCCGCAGCAGCAGCGGUUCAGCACUCUUUUGGAGAAACGUAAGCGAUCUCUGGCGCAAAACUCGGAUGAUGAGGUUCGCUUCCUUCUAGAGCAACAACAGCAGACUCCGCUAGGGCACCAUCACCACCCAAACCAUCAUCUUCACCAUCCACAUCAUCAGCAUCAUUCGAUGCGUCACCAGCAGCAGCAGCAGCAGUCGAAACAGCAGCAGCAACAGCAACACCUGCAUCAACAGCACAAGCUGCUGCAGCAGGAGCAGCAUCUUACGGAAGAGUCGCUACUGUCGGCACCCGUCAACUUUCGGACGUCGCCACCUCUAGAAGCUUUAAAACCACACCGUGGCCAUAUUUUACAACGUUCCACGACCCCACUGAUACUCACCGAAAGUGGUGGCGGCCAUGGUGGCAGUGGUGGUAGCGGACUGCUGCUUUCCGGAUCCGGUUCGGGGUCGCUGCUGUCCUCGACCACCUCUUCACUAUCGUCGCUGCUGAGUGGCUGCGGUAGCAGUGCGAGCACCGGUGGUGGUUCAAGUGGGUUCUACGAACCUAGUCUCAUCGGGGGUGGUGGUGGAAUCGGUGCUGGUGGCCUUCGAUUUGGUCUAGGCCGACGCACCAUUGGCUGUGAUAGUCCUAUGACUGCUGUGAGCCACCGUAACAACAACAGCACCAAUCAGCAACAACAACAACACGGUGGCAGCACUCUAGGAUCCGGUCUUAGUACAACAACAUCAUCAAUAACAAACACGCGAACAGCUUCAUCAUCAUCAUCAUCGUCUUCGCUGUCGUCUUUAUCAUCGCCCCCAUCGCUGGCCACCACUGGCGGUAAUGCGUGUGCCGUGGGAGAGUCACAGCAACAGCAGCAGCAGCAGCAGCGAUCCAGUGCCGUUUCAGCACCGGUGUCCAGCGCCAGUUCCAACCUAGUAACUAAUAUGGACGUCAGCCGGUCCGUUAGUCCACCGGCGAAAAUGUUCCACUGUGCGGUGUCCCCGAGGCGUCGCGCACCACGCCACCAGCAGCAGCGAUUGCAGCGUCCUCACAGGCCGUGCCUGGAUUUCGAUAAAAUGCAACAGCUCAAAGCACGCUCGGUAACCACUUGGCGCCACAGUAACGAGCACUCGGGUGAACUGUCCGUGUUUUGUUGGUGAUGAUGAAUGAAUAGCUGCCUCCGGUGGCCGCUAUCUCACCGUCGUCGUCGUAGUCGUCGUCGUCGUCGUCAUCGUCGUCCUUUCGUUCGAUUGUCGAUGAAAUCGUGGAGACAAGAUAUCAGCUGCAACAAAGCACCGGAACGGAUAGCUAAGGGACAGUACUUCUGACCAACACACUGACCGCACGAAAGUCGGUCGGUUUUAGCGUUUGUGACCGUGUGAGGUCACACACGGAUGGACAAUUGAUGGAUCGAAUACCCAAGGGAGGAUCCAAAGGAUGGAUUUGUGAUUUUGUUUGUUCGUUCGGACUGAGCUGGCUGAGUGGCCCCCCGGGGGGUGGACAGAACCAUCGUUGGAUGGGCCAGAUAAAGUACAAGAGUCUUGCGUUGAACGCGGGCACGCGUGGGAAUCUACUUUCUGCUGAAGGUGGACGUGCCCUCGCGUGCUUCUCUCUCUCUCCCCGUAUUUGUUCGAUCGUACGAUUGCGAUCGCGAGCUGCGCUCAUAAUUCAUUAAUUUGACUUACUAUGUGUGUGAGUGUGUGUUUCGUUUUCGUUUUAUAAUACUACUUUUAACAUAACAGUUUUCAAAGCAAUUUUGUGAUUUUAAUCGUUAGCAAAUGCGUAUUAAGUUUGAACAUCGUUUUCUCUACGUAACUCACUCCCCCUUUUUUUUCUCAUGGUAGUACUUUAGGGAAGAAAAACCUAAGGUACGCCUGAUGCGUUGAUGGGUUUUAACUUGGUCUCUCGUGAAGAAGAAAGAAGGAAGGAAAUGUGACCGGAGUGUGGAAGGCACGACAUAAGAAGGGAAUCAUAGAACUGAUCUUUUUCGGGGGGCUCUAGCUCUUCUCAGGGACACCAUACAUACAGAUACGCACAUCUGGCAAGGGAAGGAGUGACGGGGGGUUAGGCAGAAGAAGCGACCGAACGGCAGAGAGACUACCAAAGAAAACAUGAAUAUACCGAGCGAGAGAGAGAUAAAUGCAAGAUCAAAAUGCAGCAGUGGAACAAAGAAAUGAAGCAGAAAUGGUUGGUUGGACGGCAAGGAAAGCUGGAAAGGAGCGAACCGAGCAAGCAAGCCAUCGACAUGUUAUCCGUUUUUAGCGCGUUUUAGGCUAUACGAAAUGCCCGUUUUGUUUGUAGAACCGUAGACCGAUCGAUUCUGCCAUGAUCACCCAACAAUAACAGCGACAUCAAUAGCAUAACAACCACAAAGAACUCAGUCUCAGUGUCUGCCUAGACUCCAUGAUCGCGAUCACCAUCACCAAUGGGGUGGAAAACAAACCCCCUUCCGCCACUGUCCACGCUGCUGCGAACUCCUCCGCCCCUCCUUUUACUCCACCCAGGCCACAACGUUCGGCAUCUCUUUAGGACAAAUCGUAUCGAAAAAAACAAAACCAACAAACAAAACAAAUUGUGUUCGCCGAUUCGUACUGUUGGCCUGGAGUUUUGGGGGGGAGGGAGUUGGGAGAUAAACAAUAAGCGAUCGUGAGGAGCGCACGGCCCAAGAACCCGAUUCCCUCUAACAACAAGCCAUAAGAACUGCCCGUGCCGUGUACGAAGAAACACCAGCAGUAGAACCACCCAUCAGGAGCAGCAGCAGCAACAGGAGCUCUCUCCGCCGGAAACGCAUCACACAAACGGCGUAUGUGUGCGUGCGCGCGAGUUAAUUAGUAGAACAUUAUUAUCGUUGUGUUUUUUUUGGCGUAAUACUGUUGCACGUUCGUUACAUACAUACCGAGCCCGAAUCAUCAAAUACAAAAGGUGGUCCGAAUGGCCAUUGAACACACAUUAACUGCCCGGAAGGCGAUUCAGAUCGAGACCGUCGUGGGCAGCUCAGCAACCGUACCACACGUAGGCGAACCGUUUAUCGAAAAGAUAUGGUUUUGUGCUAGAGAUCACCAUUCGCCGUUCCGCCGAUAAUAUUGCGUUUUUAAAUGUCGAGUUCACGUUUCGUAAAGAGGAGGCUCGCGUACGAUAUACAAAAGUAUGGUAGUCAAUCCAUUUUAUCGGCAUAAUAUCGCGAGCAGAUGCAGCAAACAACUACAAUAAAAUACAACUAGCUACUCGAACUAACUAAUAGACCGCUCACCAACGGUUCGGAUCGUCCUUCGCCCGCCAUUUGAUGAGAUCAUUUCAUAUCCAGACCGGACACUGGCGACGAGCGUGUAUUGGACCACACAGGCUUCAAGAUUGGCAUUGGAAGGGAACGAAAAAGGAAGACAAAUAGAGAGUGCCAAUGAGGAGGUCGAGCGGGAGAGAGAGAGGAGGUGUUUGAAUUGGAUGAUGCUGCGGUGCAGUUCGCAGAUGUUUCUUUGCAAAGCGCCCUCCGCUCGAGGUGAUUUUACAAAUUUGUAUGAUGUAAGUAAGAGGAUAGAAAAGAGGGAGAAAACGACAAACACAAACAUACUAGUAACAGUAUAAUUGCUAGGGAAAUAACAUGCACACAAAUGCUGGACAAAGUUUGAAAAGUGUUUGUUAUCCGAUCCGUGGUAGCAAAGGAGGAUAGCGCACCAGCAUAAUGGAAACAUUGAAAUAAAGCAUGGCAUACUGAGGUAAAGUAAUGAUAGAGAGGGAGAGAGAGAUCGAGAGGGAGAGAGAGAGAGAGAGAGAGAGAGAGAGAGAGAGAGAGAGAGAGAGAGAUCGAGAGAGAGACAUUUGUAAUGGAGGCGCCAGGAAAAGCGCACUCCUAUCUAUACACGAUGACGACGACAUCAUUAUGCCCUAGGAUUCUUGCGUAAGGUAAUUCUAAGUAGCGAACAAACAAUUAAUUAUUGCAAGUUGUGCAGUUUCGCGUGUGUGGAACGUGCCCCGUCUGUCUCUCAGCUCAGCAGGCCGCGCAAUCGACUUGCGCUGAAAAACUGUUAAUCAAAUUCGAAUGAAAAAUGGAAAACACUCACUCAAUCGCACACAUUUGCUAACGAAGGAACCGCAGCGUGGAACAGCAGCAGCCCCAAGAGAGAAGGAAAAGAUCAAAGAAGGCAGAGAAAGCGCGGGGGGUAGGAAAUUUGGCGAACUUCUUCUGUUAGUGAAGUAUACACUGAGCGUAUAUAUUAUACACACUCACACACACGCGCAUAUACAUAUAUAUAUACAUGAUAUAUAGAUAUAUUAUACAUAUUGGAUUAUCAUUUAUUUGGUUUUUGUGGUCACAAAUGAUCCAGCAGCAGCAAAUCACAGUCCAUUGUGCAAAGGUGCAAUUGUGGCGAAGUUAGUGGCUCUGUCUGUUUUGCACCGGGGGCCAUGGUGGCAGCCGGGAUCUUUCAUUGGAAAGCAAAACCGCAACGUCAAAGAGAAGUAGGAGCGAAGCAGGCUGUAAAUAGGUCGUCAUGGUGUGUGCGUGAACAAGAACAAAAAAGAUUAACAAAAAAAAACGAAAGAGCAAGCAUUUUGAAAGGAAUUUUUGUAGUUUUUCAAAAGAAUAAAAACGGAAAUACCAAUCUCUCUCUCUCUCUCUAUCUAUCUCUCUGACACAUAAAACUCGCCCCAGUCACGCAAACAGAAGUAGAGAAAGGAAAAGGGAAGUGAGUGGGUGGGUGGGUGGAUGGAACUUCUCUCACACAAAGUAAACUUAACAAUUUAAGGAUAAGCAUACGAUACCGUGCUGCAGGUGAAAAGGAAGGGAUCCUCGGGGAGCGGCUGGCUGGAGCUUUUAAAGCCCUUCUUUUCGUGUUUCGUGCCGUGUCCAGGAACAGGAAAUACGAUCUCGUCCCCUUUUGCCGCACACUCCACACACUGAACGAAUUUAUGUAAAAUCCUCCUCCUCCAAGACGGAAACGUGAUACUCUUCUGUUGGUGUUUUAUGUUUAAUCACUGAUUGCUUCGUUUUCAAAACACGGCGUUGCGUUCUGCGUGUGCGUUUUGUAGUGAUUUUAUGUGCGGAAGGACACACCACGAUCGCCUGUGUGUCUCUCACUAUCUCUCUUUCGUCCUUCUUCUCUGGCCCAAAAUGAGCACAAGCAGAGAUUCCCUUGAAACCGCGUGAAACACAAUAAUAACAAAUCAUUAUCAAUUUAGCAGCAAAGCGACGAGCGGAGUGGAAGUUCUGGGAGGUAAAUCGAAAAGAACGCAAACUCUGGGGAACUGGCCAUGAAAUAUUCGAAUUAGUAGCGAACCCGCAAAUCAAGCAAGUAGUCAGCAACGAGAAGAGAGGACGUGGGGUGAUGGUAGACAACGGCGGCACACAGACAGGGGGUGAAACGAUAAGGAAAUCGGAACUGAAUGAAAAUGAUUUAAAAAUCUGCAACAAAAAAAAGGAAGAAAAGAAACAAACCGUAGUAGUGUAACAAACUGAAAAAAGGGAAUAAAACAAACACAAACGAUUAAGAAAAUAGCAA